AUUCAUUUAACUUGCGAUACAAAUGUCAAACUCACGAGUGUCGAACUGAUGAGUGUGGUUUUCCAGUGGCUGGAGGAAUAAUAAUAAUUUGCUUAAAAGCAAAUGAUUCAUCUGAAAAGGCAAUAUUUCGAUUUUCAACUGAAACAAUUACGAACAAAAGAGACGGUGCACAAUGCAUGGUGUUGAUUCGUUGUGUUUGGACAACGUGGAAAAGUGUGCAAGUGGUGACAGUCCAAUUUAUUCACUGAAUAAAACCGUAAUGCUGCCGAUAGAAGAACGAUGUGAUGAACCGACCAAUUUAACGCUGUUCAAUUGUACCGAAGAGGAAUAUCUACUAUAUCAACGUGGUGAUAGAGUUGGGAACUUGUCAAUCGCAAUUCCAGCCACUAUUGCCUACACAUUCAUUUUGCUGGCUGGAUUGAUUGGAAAUAUAACCGUUUGCAUUAUUAUCAUCAGAAAUCGCGAGCUACACACCAGCACCAAUUACUAUCUAUUCAAUUUGGCCAUUGCAGAUUUGCUGUACAUGUUGCUCGGGUUGCCGUUUGAAAUAUACAUGUUUUGGCAUCAAUAUCCGUGGCCGUUCGAUUUGAGUUUUUGCAAAAUUCGUUCACUCUUUUCGGAUGCAUGUUCGUAUGCAUCGGUAUUGACAAUCGUGGCAUUCUCGGUGGAACGGUAUUUGGCCAUUUGUCAUCCAUUUUCGUCGUACGUAAUAGCAAGUUUGCGUCGUGUCCUGUAUGUGAUUGCAGUGAUUUGGAUAUUUAGCUUAAUCAGCGCAGCACCGGUUGCCUACUAUCGUCACAUACGAUACCUUCGUUAUCCACCGCCCGACGGACCAAAUAUGCCCGAAUCAGCCGUUUGUACACUCAACUCUAAUUUCAAGGGACUCUAUGAAAUAUCAACACUCGUGUUUUUUAUCAUACCACUAACGGUGCUGAUCAUCAUGUAUCAUCAAAUUGCAACGAAACUGAAUAUGCGCGAAGAAAACCAUAACAAUGGACAAUUCAGUGCAUGCGCCAAAGACGAUACCAAAACCAAACAGUUACGUGCAAAAAAGAAAAUUGUUCGUAUGCUUGUUGCCAUUGUUAUCACAUUUUUCAUUAGCUGGGCACCGUUCCAUGCGCAACGUUUAGUGUUUGUUUACGGUCGAGAUUGGAGUAAUUACUAUGAGAUCAACGAAAUGCUGUUCACAAUUGCCGGCGUUUUUUACUAUUUAUCCUGUACAAUCAACCCGAUCAUUUAUAAUGUCAUGUCGCAUCGCUAUCGGGCCGCAUUUCGACGCACAUUUUGUUGCGAACACGAUACUGGGAAAGCAUCAGUCACAUAAAAUAUUCGGGCCCAUUGAAUUGAAUUACAAUUAAUUUUUCGCAUCUUUUGUUAUUGUUGUUGUUGUUGUUGCUGAAAAUUUCGAUUUUCAGAAGAAGAAUAAUAAAAAAGAAAAUACAUGAACAAGUGA